UCUGACCCCAGCCGAGAGUAGCUGCUGUUUCUGAGAGGACGAUUCGUAAGCCAGGGUCCGGCGCGGUUUCCCAAUUCCUCGCCCUUCUGCCCGGCCCUUCGGUGCUCGAGCGCCUGGGGCGCGGUCGGUUCUGGGCAGCUUGCCUCACUUUCCAGAGAGGCGUCGGCUGCUGUCCCCAUAGGUGGCUGUCGAAAGUGCCGGCCGCGCGCCGGCGCCGGCAGCAGCCGGGUGGGAAGGCUCAAGAUGGCGUGCCUGUUGGAGACCCCAAUCCGCAUGAGCGUCCUCUCGGAGGUAACAGCUAGCAGUCGCCACUAUGUUGACAGGCUAUUUGACCCUGAUCCCCAGAAAGUUCUCCAAGGUGUCAUAGACAUGAAAAAUGCUGUAAUUGGAAACAAUAAACAGAAAGCCAACCUCAUCGUUCUAGGAGCUGUUCCAAGAUUGUUGUAUUUGCUUCAACAAGAAACCUCAAGCACAGAACUGAAAACUGAAUGUGCAGUGGUGUUAGGGAGUCUUGCGAUGGGCACUGAAAAUAAUGUCAAGUCUCUACUAGACUGCCAUAUUAUCCCUGCCUUACUACAAGGACUACUGUCCCCAGACCUGAAGUUCAUUGAAGCUUGCCUCCGAUGCCUACGGACAAUCUUCACCAGCCCCGUCACUCCAGAGGAGCUAUUGUAUACAGAUGCCACGGUGAUACCACACCUCAUGGCGCUGCUGAGCAGGUCCCGCUACACCCAGGAAUAUAUCUGCCAGAUCUUCUCACACUGUUGCAAAGGGCCAGAUCAUCAAACAAUUUUGUUUAAUCAUGGGGCAGUACAGAACAUUGCUCAUCUCCUAACCUCACCCUCUUACAAAGUUCGAAUGCAAGCACUGAAAUGCUUCUCAGUCUUAGCCUUUGAAAAUCCCCAGGUAUCGAUGACCCUGGUAAACGUUUUGGUUGAUGGGGAAUUGUUACCACAGAUGUUUGUGAAGAUGUUACAGAGGGAUAAGCCUAUUGAGAUGCAACUCACAUCAGCAAAAUGUUUAACUUACAUGUGCAGAGCUGGAGCAAUUCGCACAGAUGACAGCUGUAUUGUAUUAAAAACUUUGCCUUGUUUGGUUCGAAUGUGCAGUAAGGAGAGAUUACUAGAGGAGAGAGUUGAAGGAGCUGAGACCCUCGCCUAUCUGAUUGAGCCAGAUGUUGAGCUGCAGAGAAUCGCUAGCAUAACCGAUCACCUCAUUGCCAUGCUGGCUGACUAUUUCAAGUAUCCCAGCUCAGUGAGCGCCAUCACUGACAUUAAAAGGCUUGAUCACGACUUAAAACAUGCCCAUGAACUCCGCCAGGCUGCAUUCAAGCUCUAUGCCUCUCUUGGAGCAAAUGAUGAAGACAUCCGGAAGAAGAUCAUUGAGACUGAAAAUAUGAUGGACCGAAUUGUGACUGGCUUGUCUGAGUCUAGUGUCAAGGUGCGGUUAGCUGCUGUCAGAUGUUUGCACAGUUUAUCCAGAUCUGUACAACAGCUUCGAACCAGUUUCCAGGAUCAUGCGGUGUGGAAACCUUUAAUGAAGGUUUUACAAAAUGCACCCGAUGAAAUCCUAGUAGUAGCAUCUUCCAUGUUAUGUAACCUUCUUCUUGAAUUUUCUCCAAGUAAAGAGCCCAUUUUGGAAUCAGGAGCUGUCGAGCUGCUCUGUGGGUUGACACAGAGUGAAAACCCUGCUCUACGAGUGAACGGGAUUUGGGCUUUAAUGAAUAUGGCAUUUCAGGCGGAACAAAAAAUAAAAGCAGAUAUUUUACGAAGUUUGAGUACUGAACAGCUAUUCCGGUUAUUAUCAGAUUCUGAUAUGAACGUGCUGAUGAAGACAUUGGGACUUCUUAGAAAUCUCCUCUCCACUCGGCCUCAUAUAGAUAAGAUAAUGAGCACUCACGGGAAGCAGAUUAUGCAAGCUGUCACUCUGAUCCUGGAAGGGGAGCAUAGCAUCGAAGUCAAAGAGCAGACACUGUGCAUCCUAGCCAAUAUUGCAGAUGGGACAACAGCAAAAGAGCUCAUUAUGACCAAUGAUGACAUCCUGCAGAAAAUCAAAUACUACAUGGGUCAUUCACAUGUCAAACUGCAGCUUGCCGCUAUGUUUUGUAUAUCAAACCUCAUAUGGAACGAAGAGGAAGGUUCACAGGAACGCCAGGAUAAAUUACGAGACAUGGGGAUUGUAGAUAUUCUACACAAACUGAGUCAGUCGGCAGACUCAAACCUCUGUGACAAGGCAAAGACGGCGCUGCAGCAGUACCUGGAAUGACGGGAGAGCCCUGGGCACCUGCAAGCACCCCACACCUUUGUAAAAGGAAGUACAGGAGCUAGCCUCAUUUGACUCCUUCUAUUUGCACACGUCACCUUGGACUGCAGGGAGCUGUUUUGCAAAGCAGUUUAGUAGGCUUAGAUCUCAAAUUCAUCUUGAGAACAUUUUUUGAGGUAGUAAUUUCCUCAGAGGACCGUUGUGUUUUGUUUUGUUUUGUUUUGUUUCUGAGCUACCUGGACUCUUUAUUAGAACAAUCAAUCAUUUCCUUUGGACCUACAAUUUUUUGCCUAUGCUGCAGCCACUUUGUGAGCAAGAAUGAUUUGUGUGUGUGUGUGUGUGUGUAGUGUGUGUGUGCGUGUGUGUGUGUGUGUAUGCGUGCACACGCACGGGAGUCAGAAUGAAUGACCGUGUGGGUGAGGGAUACCUCAGAUUUUUCUUUCUUAUUUUGUGUGAAAAUCUCUUUUCUACAGAUUUUCCAGGGUUUAAGCAUUGCUUGCUGUAUAAAAAAAAAAAAAAAAAAAAUUUACUGAAUUAUAUACAGUUUGAAUGAAAUGUUAUUUUAAAAGCAAAACAAUUGUUUAGUGUUCCAUAAAAGUUAUGUUGAAUUUUGGUCAGAUGAAUAUUUGUAAGUAAAAAAAUAUAUGCAUUUCUGAACCUCAACUUACAUAGAUUUUCUUUAUAAAAACAAAAAAGACAAAAAAGAUAAGAAAAAGUUGGCUACAGUCUGCCUGAAUAACAGGCACUGUACAUGGUGCUGUGCAGAUAGUAAGCUAGCAUCUUACUGCCAUCAAUAUUAGCAGGUACAAAGCCUUUGGGUUUUGUUUUAUUUUGUUUUUUUUUUCUAGCCUAAUUCAAUAAGUUCUCAGGCUUCCAAGUCAGAAGGAUGGUGGACUAGAGCAAUGUAAGGAACGGUCACUGUAGGCUUUGAAGCAUCAAAGGGAGAGAGAGGCUAAUAGUACAAGCCUAUCAAGGACCAGGUGGGCUGGCUUUGACAGGACUGGGGACUGGAAGCCUCCCAGCAUCCCUAAAUCUUAUCAUUAGUGUGGCAGUAUCUGGCAGGGCCUCAGAGCAAACCUGGAGAGCAGGUUGCCACUUCCUGGAAACAAUCCAGAUCACCGGGUGCCUCCUGCAGCAGCGUGUGUUGCUAGGAGACCAGCUUGUUCUACAAACAUGUCCUAGAAAGACAUGGGGACUGCUGGGUGCUGCACUCACCUAAAAUGAAAUAGGAAGUCUUUUCCUGAAUGAAGCUAAAAUACUUCAUGUUGAGAAAAGGGAGGAGAAUCACCCCGUAGUGACUGAAAAGUCUUUUGGGCGGGGAGGGGAGUAUCUGCUUCAAAUUGAACUCAACAGAGGUAGGAGCAAACAGCUUUCCUUCUUUUGACCAGGAAGUUGGAGGCAUGGCAGGCAGUGUGUGCAGCUGCUGGGGCCCACACCUCCCACCAGCCACUCCUGACAGGGCUGCUCACCUGAGAGCUGGUCUGUCACCGGCCUCCACCUUCCUCCACCUUCCUCGGAAGACUUAACUAUGGUUGAUUGCAAAUGAAUGUUUUUAAAAUGUUGUAUUUAAUGCAAUGCUUCCUGUUCUCCAUAUGGCCACCCAAGAUACAAACACAGAGAUUUCCAAGUUGUUUUUUCCAGAACAUCACCGACUUUAAAAGCUGUCACAGCAGAACUUGGGUUUUGUGUAGACGUCAGAGUGCUGAUGUGAGACAACCUGGGAAUGAAGCCUUCCCCGGGCCACUUAUUGCGGCUGCUGGUGUUGAGACUGCACUCUUCGAUAGCGUUUUUGUAACAAGAUGCUUCAGCGCCAGUUUUAGAAAGUACCAGUAAAUAUAAAGAAACCAGUAACACAUUGCUGAGACAAUCGUGAACCCAAAUAGCAUGAAAGAGUUGAAGACCCCUUGAACUCUGUGGAUAAAUCUUGCCUGUGGGUAUAAGCAAUGGUCACACAAAAAGUGCUUUACUAUAAUUAACUUUUCUGAUUUGAAUGAAGGGAAAUGUAUUUAUUAAAACAAAGCUGUUUGCUGCUUUAGGCAGGUGCAGUGUUUGGUCAGUAAGGAAGUGGGGAGAGUGGGGCGUGGUCUUAUGUCUACACCCAAGUUCUUAAUGAAGCUUCUGCCUCCAAUACUGCAUUCUGUUUCUCCUUUUGUGCCCUGAUUGUAACCCAAAAUUUAUAAACUAGAGAAGAAUGUCAAAUCUAAUAAGUUGCAUUUUUUUUUCCUUAAGCACUUUAUUCAGAACAAUACAUGUUCUUCUGGUAGUGUUUGGAUAAUAUGAUUUUAACACGUGCUAAUAAAAGCCAAGAAAAGUCAUGGCAA